AAAUUUUAUCAUCUUUAUAAUUAAAUUAAAGUAUUUAAUGAUUUUUUUAUAAAAAAAAUGGCAACAUCUGAAGAUUUUUUUGGUGGAAAUUCUUUCAUUUCAAGUCCAAGUGUUAAUGAUGAUGGUAAACGUAAAGUUAGCCUUUCAAGACGUGCAUUGAAUAGUCGAAAAAGUUUACGUACAUUUGAAACUGAUCCAGAUCAAGAACAACCAAUCGAACAUAUUGAUCAACAAGAAUUUGGUGUUCAUUUGAAUUCAUUACAUGAAAUCAAUUCAAAAACAUUCAAUCCAAAUAAUGCUUUUUCAUAUGAUUUCAUAAGCAUAAUAGAUGCAUUUCUUUUGAGACGUGAAAAUAUUGAUUUCAAAAUGAUAGCAAUGUCUAUUGAUGCUGGUACAAAACUUUAUGAAAGUAAAGUAAGUGUUGUUUUUUCGAACACACAAAAAAUAUCAUCCAGUUUAUCGAUGGCAACAUCUGAACAAAAUGCUGCAAAUUUUGAUGAUGGACUUUUUGAUAAUGAUUUAGGUGAAAAUAAUGCCCGAACAAGACGUAAAAAGCAACGAAAAAACAUUAAAACAAUCGCUGCUAAUAUUGAAACGUUGAAUGGAAAACCCGAUACUAAUAUUGAAAUCGAUCCAUUGUUUCAUCAUUUGUCGGCUGCAUUUGAUGUUGGCAAUGUAAACUCUUUGUUGAUGACAAAUUUAUCAGUGAAUCCACACGGUGCUUUAUUAUUAGAUUCAAAAGCAAGUUUAGAUUUUGAUUCAUUACCAAAUAUCGAAUGCCGUUCAAUGAAAUUUCCAUUCAUAAAAUCAGAAUAUGCAUUUGAACAUCCUUACAUUUGUCGACCUUGUAUGAAUUUUGAAUUUCUUCAUCGUGACAUUGAUAUCGAACCUGAAGAAUUGACUAGCCAACGUCAAAUAGAUACAGAUACUAAUUUAAAUUUUGAUUUCGACAUAAAUGCAAAUGUCGAUGAUAUUCAAGAGCCAGAAGAAUUGAAUUUCGAUGAUUAUGUUAAUUCAUCAAUUAUUAACAACGAUGUAACAGUUAACAAUAAUGAUUCUGAUACUGAAAACAUUUUGAAAUUUUUACCACAAGCAAAUGAAAUGGAUAAUCAAUUGUUUAAUAGAGAAUUUUUACAAAAAAAAUUUCAAAAUAUUCUUCGAUAUCGUACAUUAAGUCGUAAGGAAAGAUCUGCACCACGUCCUAAACGACAAAAAGUAGCUCCUGUUGCAUUUGACUAUUUGAAUAUCGUUCAUAAUGAUAGGGAUAAAAAAUUUAAAAUAUCAAGUUCAUCACAUUUUCAAGAUCAAACAGUAUCCAAAUGGAUUAGUUCAUCAAAAGAAAAAAGAUUGGAUGAAAUUCAAAGAAAUUUUCAUUCGAAUAAUAAAUUUUGUUCAUUUUUAACAAUGAAUUUUGAUUUUUAUGCAUCACUUGAAAAUAAUAAUAAAAAUAAAAGAAAAAUCAAUAUGGAUGAUUAUGAUGAUGAUGGAAUAUCGAAUGAUGGUGGAUUUGAUGAACAUGCUGAUGAAACAAUACGACAUCAAACAAAUUUUGAUUUUAAUGAUGAUGAUUUUAUUGAUGAAAGACCGGCAUUUAAUUUGGAUUUAGAUACUGAACCAAUUAAUAAUUUAGAUACAGAACAACCACAUCAUGUUGAUGCAUUGGAUAUUGAUUAUGCAAAAGUAGCUAAAAAAGUUGAUAUAAAACGUGUUAAAUCAAGUAUGUGGUCACUUAUUAAACAGGCAACUGUAUCCGAUCCAAUAACAAUGAUGGAUGAUAUUCAAAGUAUUCAAACACCAUCCGAUAAUGGUAGUAGUCAAAGUAAUUUUUCUUUCUUUAAAUUACGUCAAAAUCUGCCAUUUACAUUAAGACAAAAUUUGAAUGAAAAUUUAAGCACACCGAUUUCAUUCGUAGCCUUAUUACAUUUAUGUAAUGAAAAGAAUCUUAAAUUGACACGAGAUGAGCUUUCGGAUUUUCUAAUUGAUGCACCGACUGUUUAAUGAUUAUAAAAAAAAUUGAA